CGCUCGCGUGCUCCUGCCUCUCCAGCCAGGUGCCCAGUCCCGACAGCAACGACGUCGUUCCUCGUCCUCUCUGCCCACCGCCAGGGACCGACCCUCUGCCGCACUUUCACCCGAGCCUUCUCCAUCUCGACCUCGCACCCCGCCGCACGCCGUUCCAAAGCCGCCAUGCCUCCCAAGAAGGUCGUCGCCGAGAAGAAGGCCAUGCUCGGCCGCCCGAGCAACAACCUCCAGAUCGGCAUCGUCGGCAUGCCCAACGUCGGCAAGAGUUCCCUCUUCAACAUCAUGUCGCGCUGCGACCUCGGCAAGGUCGCCAACUUCCCCUACGCCACCAUCGAGCCCGAGGAGGCCCGUGUCUCGGUCCCCGACGAGCGCUUCGACUGGCUCGUCGACCUGUACAAGCCCAAGUCGGUCGUGCCCGCCUUCCUCACCUGUGUCGACAUUGCCGGUCUCACCAAGGGCGCCUCGACCGGUGCCGGCCUCGGCAACAACUUCCUGGCCAAUGUCCGCGCCGUCGACGGCAUCUUCCAGGUCAUCCGUGCAUUUGACGACGCCGAGGUCAUCCACGUCGAGGGCGACGUCGACCCGGUUCGCGACAUGAGCAUCAUUUCGCAGGAGCUCCGCCUCAAGGACGCCGAGUGGGUCGAGAAGAAGGCGGACGCGCUCAAGAAGACGCUUCGCGGCGCGACGGGCACGGCCAACCUGCGCGACAAGGCGCUCAAGGAGGAAUACGACACGGUCUGCAAGGUCCUCGAGCUCCUCCAGGCGGACAAGGACGUCCGCAAGGGCACCUGGUCCAACAAGGAGAUCGACGUCAUCAACGACCUCAUGCUCCUCACGGCCAAGCCGGUCACAUACCUCGUCAACCUGUCGGAGCGCGACUACAUCCGCAAGAAGAACAAGUGGCUGCCCAAGAUCAAGGCCUGGAUCGACGAGAACGCCCCGGGCGACCUCUUGAUCCCGUUCUCGGUCGCGCUCGAGGAGCGCCUCGCCAUGGAGUUUGCCGACGACGCCGCCGGCCUCAAGGGCGAGCUCGAGAAGAUUGGCACCCAGAGCCAGAUUGGCAAGAUCAUGAAGAUCGGGUACCAGAGCCUCAACCUCAUCCACUACUUCACUUGCGGCCCCGACGAGGUGCGCGCAUGGACCAUCCGCUCGGGCCUCCCCGCACCCAAGGCGGCGGGCGUCAUCCACACCGACUUUGAGAAGAACUUUGUCUGCGGCGAGAUCAUGCAGUUCUCGGACCUGCAGGAGUACAAGUCGGAGAGCGCCGUCAAGGCGGCGGGCAAGCAGCAGCAGAAGGGCAAGACGUACGAGGUCCUCGACGGCGACAUCUGCUACUGGAAGGCCGGCUAGACGAGUUGCGUCUCUUCUCUUCUCCCAGCAGGACGAGAAUGUCGAGGAGCGGCGACGACGUGAAAAUAGGAUUCUGCCAUCGAGCG